GUUCGUCCGUCCUGUCAGUGCUCGAGGUGAAAUUUUGCGACAUCGUUCGGUGAAUGUGGUGUCGAAUUUUUCCAAUUUUCCGCUGUAAAAUAAUGUCCUACUAGUGCAAACCGUACAGGAAACCCUACCGGAACAACAAUGGCACAACUACUGCGUGGAAAAGCCAGCAUUGACCCUCGGUUCAAACACAUCCGCCCAACGGUGUAUGCUCUCAGUCGUGUGAACUUCUCUGGAUUCACGUACAAUGGCAAUGGUGGGGGCGGUGGUGCUGGCAGUGGCCAGCGGCGUCAGAAUUUCUACUACCAGGAGUUCCUGCGAGGACCGAAGUUUGGAGGCUACCAGUACUACCAGUCAUCGCGAGGCUACGGGAUGCUGGUCGGUCGCGUCUUGCGUGGAGUGCUGAAGUUGCGCUAUCUGGUGCUCGGCGGUGCCAUUGGCGGUGGGGUCACACUAAACAAACGCUACGAGGAGUGGAAGGAUGGACUGCCGGAUAUGAAGUGGCUAGAAGAAGUGCUGCCCGAUAACGAGAAAUGGGGACAGUUUACCAAAAGUCUACUGGCUGUGAAGGAUUCGGUAAAGGACUCCAUCGAAAUCGACCCUCGCUUGAAACAGCUUAGUGAGAAUAAGAUAAACGAAUGGCGAGAGUGGUUCGACAAACGUCUGGACAAUGCCAUUGAAGCAGCCGAAACUCAACAGAACCCUCAAAUUGAAAGUUCCUUCCAGAAUCUAUCUGAACUCAUAUCAGAUCUAUACGGAGCUACCAAAGAAGAACUUCGCAGCAAGAAUACGGUGAAUGCUAAAAGCUUGUCGGCAGAGGAAAGCCGAAGGCGUGUGGAAACACUUCAGUCGCAGGUGGACGCACUUCAAACGGAAAUCAUGAACGUGCAGCUGAAAUACCAGCGCGAGAUCGAGAAGCUCGAAAAGGAGAACCGCGAUCUUCGUCAGCAGUAUCUGAUCCUGAAGACUAAUCGCAAGCAGCCGCAGAAGAAGCGCAUCAAGAAAUCGCUCAUCGACAUGUACUCGGAAGUGUUGGACGAGUUGUCCGGGUACGACACGAGCUACAGCACGGCGGAUCAUCUGCCGCGGGUUGUAGUCGUGGGCGAUCAGAGCAGCGGAAAGACCUCCGUUCUGGAGGCUAUCGCACAAGCGCGUAUUUUCCCCCGAGGCAGCGGAGAAAUGAUGACCAGAGCGCCGGUUAAGGUGACGCUAUCGGAAGGCCCUUACCAUGUGGCGCAGUUCCGAGACUCGGAUCGCGAGUACGAUCUCACGAGGGAAAGCGAUCUGGCCGAUUUGCGACGGGACGUGGAAAUCCGGAUGAGGAAUUCCGUGCGCGGUGGCAAGACCGUCAGUAUGGACGUGAUUUCUAUGACCGUGAAGGGGCCCGGCCUGCAGCGGAUGGUCCUGGUCGACCUGCCGGGUAUUAUUUCGACGCAGACGGUGGACAUGGCCGCAGACACCAAAGACUCGAUCAAGCACAUGACAGAACACUACAUGAGCAACCCGAACGCGAUCAUUUUGUGCAUUCAGGAUGGUUCCGUCGAUGCCGAACGCAGUAACGUAACCGAUUUGGUAUCGCAAUGUGAUCCGCUGGGUAAGCGCACCAUAUUCGUGCUGACCAAGGUCGACAUGGCCGAAGAUUUGGCUGACCCGAACCGGAUCCGGAAAAUCCUGUCCGGCAAGUUGUUCCCGAUGAAGGCCCUCGGCUACUUUGCCGUCGUUACCGGUCGCGGUCGGAAGGACGACUCGAUCGAAACCAUCCGCGAGUACGAGGAGAAGUUCUUCAAGAACUCGAAAUUGUUCCAAAGUGGCGUCACCAUGUCCCAUCAGGUCACAACGCGCAACCUGAGUCUUGCUGUGGCCGAUAGGUUCUGGAAGAUGGUACGGGAAACUAUCGAACAACAAGCCGACGCAUUCAAAGCUACCCGGUUCAACCUGGAGACGGAAUGGAAAAACAAUUUCCCUAGGUUGCGUGAAUCCGGUAGGGAUGAGCUCUUCGAGAAAGCCAAGGGUGAAGUGCUGGACGAAGUGGUGAACCUUUCGCAGGUAUCGGCCAAAAAGUGGGAGGAACUACUCAACGACAAACUUUGGGAAAAGCUGUCUAAUUAUGUGUUUGAGAACGUGUAUCUACCAGCGGCGCAGUCCGGUUCCACGAAUUCCUUCAACACCAUGGUGGACAUCAAGCUGCGCCAGUGGGCCGAGCAAGCCCUUCCCGCCAAAUCGGUCGAAGCCGGAUGGGAAGCCCUGCAGAAAGAGUUCCAGCAUCUGAUGGAGGUGGCACGGAAGACUCCCGACCACGACGAUCUGUACGACAAUCUGAAGAGCGCCGUCAUCGACGAAGCAAUUCGUCGCCAUUCGUGGGAAGACAAAGCUAUCGACAUGCUGCGAGUGAUUCAACUGAACACUCUCGAGGACCGAAGCGUGCACGAUAAGAACGAAUGGGACCAAGCGGUGCGAUUCUUCGAGAGCUCCGUCAAAGAGAAGCUCCAGCACACGGAGCAAACCAUUAGUGAAAUGUUUGGACCGUCAACGACGCAAAAGUGGCUCCAUUGGCGUUCCUCCACCGAAGAUCAGAACAAACGAAAACACGUUAAAAGUGAAUUGGACAAGAUUCUUGGCAGUGACGCAAAACAUUCGCCUACGCUAAGCUACGACGAGCUGACGACGGUGCGGAAAAAUCUGCAACGCAACAACGUGGAGGUGGAAACGGAUUACAUCCGUGAGACGUGGUAUCCGAUCUAUAGAAGACACUUCCUCAAGCAAGCCCUCAACCGGGCGUACGACUGCCGUAAAGCGUACUACCUGUACACCCAGCAGGGUUCCGACUGUGAAAUAAACUGCAGCGACGUGGUGCUGUUUUGGCGCAUCCAGCAGGUGAUCAAAGUGACUGCCAACGCCCUGCGGCAGCAGGUCAUCAACCGAGAAGCCCGCCGACUGGACAAAGAAAUCAAAGAAGUGCUGGACGAGUACGGCGAAGACGACGAGAAGAAACAACAACUGCUAACCGGAAAGCGUGUUACGCUGGCGGAGGAAUUGAUUCGAGUACGACAUAUUCAGGAGAAACUGGAAGAGUUUAUCAAUGCGUUAAACCAGGAAAAGUAAGGUUGUAGCACGCGAAGGCCAAACCGUAAAUACUGCAUCUAGUCCAUCGUGGAGACGGAUAUCCGGAAAACAGAACACAUAACACACUGCUUCAGAAGCAUUCGUCAUUUAAACACGAGGAAAAGCAAACCAUUUGUUAGGAAACAAAGUACCUUCCAAAGUAUCCCUUCAUGUUUCAUCGUGGCAAAAAUUCUCCUAAACACCUACUUAAUUAGAUCAUCAACGUCAACAUGCAUCCCCCUUCCUUUACUCGAUAAUGUUCAUUACUGCGAGCACAACAACCGCAAGCGAUUCCAGCCCAAGCUAUUUAUUAUUGUUCUAGUAGCUCCAAAUUGCUUUCGAACUUUUGCUUCCGUAACGUACCAAUUUGUGUUGAAUUUUAUCUUCUAGUUGGUUUUACCUUGAUGUGCAGCAGUAUAACCCUAUUAGACAUAAAUCAGACUCCUGAUUAGAUUGUAUAAUUUUGUCUUGUGAUUUAAGCUAACGUUAUGAGCGAGGUAUUUCAAACCGAAGAUAGGCUGAAUUGGAAUAAAAUCUGCAUUGAGUCGAA